UAUGGCCUCGCGGGGCUUUACGUGCAGAAAUAUAAAUCAAACAGCAAGCACUUUAACAGAAUGACACCACUGUGGAGCCAGCGACACGGACGCGAGGCACCUAGACCCAGAUGGGCAUUGACAGAUCAGAAGAUAAAACUCCCUAAAUGCCCCAAUGCUGUUCCCCGGCAACCUCUGCCCACUAAUCCACCCAGAUUGAGACCCCGAAAACCCACCACAGACUACGGGCCUUUAAAAAGCUCUGUGAUAGGGUUGGAUCCCUGGGGGGAACCAGGAUUUUCCAGAGCGAGUGGCUACCAUGCCAGGCAUGCAGAAGAAAGCCCAGUACGGCCACGAAUUGUGACCGUGGUACGGCCAUGUGGAGAGCAGAGUCUGCGUAAGAUCUCACUGCUUUUAAACCGCCGUGCUGUGCAGACGUUUGAGCAGCUAAUGGCAGAUGUAUCCGAGGCCCUCGGUUUCCCCCGCUGGAACAACGCUCGCAUACGCCGCCUCUUUAGUCCCGCUGGCCGCGAGAUCCACAGCCUUUCCGACUUCUUCCGCAUCGACCAUGCUUUUCUGGCCUUUGGAGUCAAUCGACCGUCUCUUGAUGAGGUGCACACAGCGCUGAACGAGUUAUACCCCGAAAACCCCAAGUACUGUGAACACCUCCUAAGGAUAUGGGAUCGUAUCCUGAGACCCAAAGCCACUAAAGCAGAUAGUGGUUUCCAUGACGAUGAACCUGGCGGUGAGGGGCCUUUACCUACUGUAUGUGAUCAACAUCUAAACCAACCAGCUGCCAACAACCUGCAGCCUGUUGGAGGUCAAGGACGGCAAAGAGAUAAAGUUAAAAAAGAAAGGCAGAGAAAAGACAGAGAGUUGUGGGUGAGGAAGGGUGACCAACAUAAAGACGAUAAAAAGGAGCCAAAGAAGGAGGAAAGAAAGGCAGAACCGGUUUAUUGCAGGAGCUGUCGUGGAUGUGGCCCACCUAUACCCCCAAUCAGAAGCAAACCACAGUAUAGGCCAAAUAACCCUAGUGAUGCAAAUAAGACUUCAGAAAACACACCGCACAGACCACUGAAAGUCGAAGAGCAUGCCAUUCAUAACCAAGAAGCGGCAAAACAGAGAAACUUCCAGGCUAAUCUACCAGCAGAUGGUGCGGAAGUUACACCGGAAGACAUCGAGCGCUGUUACGAGAUCGGCCGCGUGGUAGGGGAUGGGAACUUCGCGGUGGUAAGGGAGUGCCGAGUGCAUGGCGUACCAGAAAUCUUUGCCAUGAAGAUCGUGGACAACGCUAAGCUGCAGGGACGCGGUCACAUGAUCAAGAAUGAGAUUUCUCUGCUACGUAGCCUGGAACAUCCUCGACUCAUUCAGCUCUUUCGUUCACAUCACACCGACACCCAUGUGUACCUGCUGAUGGAGCUGGUCACCGGUGGAGACCUGUUUGAUGCUAUCUCACAGAGCGGCAGGUUUAAUGAGCCAAGUGCUGCAUGCAUGAUCAGAGAUAUCAGCCAGGCUCUGGAAUACAUCCACAACAAGAGCAUUGCACACAGAGAUAUCAAACCUGAAAAUCUACUGGUUCAGCGGCAUGGCAAUGGAAGUUUAAAUCUGAAAUUGGCCGAUUUUGGAUUAGCUAUGGUGAUAACAGAGCCUGUGUUUACAGUUUGUGGCACACCCACAUAUGUUGCUCCAGAGAUACUUGCUGAGACAGGUUACGGUGUUGAAGUAGACAUCUGGGCGAUGGGUGUUAUCCUGUUUGUACUCCUGAGUGGGUUUCCUCCAUUCCGAAGUCCAGACCGUAAUCAAGAGGAACUUUUUUGUCUCAUCCAAAAGGGAGAUGUCCAUUUUCUGUCCCCUUACUGGGACAAUGUAUCUGAGGGGGCUAAAGCUCUAGUCAGAGCUCUACUGGAGGUGGAUCCAAAAAAGCGCUUGACAGCUUAUCAAACAUUACAGCACGACUGGCUUCAACAUGCAACAGCACAAAAAGACCAUAAGGGGUCGACACAAGCCACUGAAGCUACAAUUGAGAAGCCCAACCAUCAAAUACAAAACAGACAAAUGGAAAGUCAGAAAGACAAUGAAAAUACUCUCAAACUGAACAUAUCAGCAGAGAAAUCUCUUGCUGCCGAUGUCAAAAAGUACAGAAUAAAGAAUAAACAUAAACCGGAUAUUAAUGCACAUGAUACAUGCCAUAAAAUGAGUAGUGACCAACAACAUUCAUCCACAACAAAUAGGCACCAUAGCAUAGAUCAGCACAAACCUGAGAGACCAGCAGAACGAGAAGACGCCGACUCAAAACAAGAGUGACCUGCUAAAUAAUGAGAAAUG